CUGUACCGGAUGUAUGAAUACCUGGUGAUUGGCUACAACAUAGGCCUGCGAAGCGAAAUCGUAUACUUCUUUAACCACGCAUCGUGGGCCGUGGCUGCCAUCCCGGACCCGGCAGACCCGGACCCGGCUCGAUACGCCAUCCUCGCCGCCCUGCCGCACUACCUGGUUCGGACCGUAAACCGACUGGUUCAAGACGGCUUGCCACGCGGCCGUCCAGCCAUCAUCGGGCCCAAAGAGGAGGCAGAGCUGCGGAGUCGCCCGAUUGUCGUCGAGGAGGAACCGCCCUGGGCGGCCAAGGUUCCGGCCUUGGCAAAAACGCUUGUGAUUCCCGGCCCGGAUGGCAAUGCGCCGGGUGCGGAUUGCAAGAGCGCGCGGUUGUUGGAGAUGAAUAUCGUGGCGGAGGAGCCACAUGUGCUGUUUGUCUAG